AUGCACCUCCCAUCAUCCCUCUCCCUCCUCUCCCUCCUCUCGCUCUCCGCCCUCUCCUCCGCUUCCGCCUCCGACUCCGCCGCACCCCUAUCCGCCGAUAUCUUCUACUGGCCGCUCUCCUCCACCUCCUCCAAGCCCUUACCACUGGCGCAAAUCUCCUACGACCCCUCCACCCUCCAAUCCACAAUCAACUCCUACACCCCUCCUCCCCAACCCCUAAACGACGCCGGCGACAAGAACAUCGACAAACAAGCAGACCUCCUCCGCAUCGGCCUAUACGCCAAUCCCGACGAUAACAAAAGCAAUGACCCAAACAAACAAUGGGUGGGAACCCUCUCGUCCCUCGCCCUCUUCACGAACACCCCGCAAACCCUAACCCUCCACCUCGAUCAAAACAAUCACGUCUACCACGCCGCCAUCUCUUCUUUCGCAUCGCCUCCGGCGCCCAGUCCGGACUCUAAGACAACGAAGAAGAGCAAGUCUUCCUCUUCGCCGGGAACGGGAAAUGGGGAGGAAGCUGGAGCGGGUCCUCUCAGGGUCGAGUUCGUCCGCUCAACCCCCAGCCCCAGCCCGCAUCUCAAUCGCCCCGUCGUAUUGAGUCCGGACGGCACUGCGCCUGAGGAAGUUGUCGAGAAGUCCUUGUUCCAGAAAUACUGGUGGGUUCUCGGGAUUAUUGGUUUCUUGGCACUUACGGGAAGUGCAGAGGGGAGUUAG